UAUACCACGAUAAUAUCUUAGUUUGCGAUUUGUAUGUACUGAUUAUUGUUUACAUGAAAAAAUCAAUAGUCAACUGAGCGUCCAAACUCUGAAGUAGAAAGACUCACACAGACACACAUACUUUUGUUAGUUCAAUAGCAUUCACUAGUUAUAGUCUUCAAUUAUAUUGUUACAUUUAAUAUUAAGAUUUCGAACAAAAUUGUUUUUAGUGUACUUUGUUACUUUUAUUUAACGAAAUAAGAUUUUUGUUAUCGAUUUAAUCGAAUAUAUUCAAUAUGGGUGUACCAAAGUUUUUUCGUUACAUGAGUGAACGUUAUCCUUGCCUCAGUGAACUUGUUAAAGAUUAUCAGGUAUGCAUUUUAUACUUAAAUACAUUAGAUAUUUAUUAUAAAUGAUUAAAUCAAAUAUAAAUAUGUAAAUAAAGAAAAAAAAAAAACUUAUAUCUUUAAAUAAAUACAGGUACUUAUAAAUAUGGGCUCCUAUAGGAGGCUUAUAAUAUGUUGGAAAAUUAUGAAGCUGUAAGUUAUAUGUAUGAUAAGUUAAAUGUAAGAACAGUUGUUUAAUGUAAUAAUCAUUACGAUGAAUUUUUAAAACUAAACAUAAUAAAAUGAAAGAAUUUACAUAAAACAAAAUGAGACAAAAUUGAAUAUUUUAGGUAUAUGAAAUUUAUAUUUCAGUUUUAGUAAUCAAAAAAAAAUUAUACAAACAAUGAACUAUCAUUUUGCUUGCCCUAAAGAAAACACUUUAUUGUUGAGGCAAGCGAUUUGUGGGAUAGUCGGUAUGUAGAACUUUUAUAAUAGUGACUUAAAUUUUAAAGAAAAUCAAAUGCUUAUUACAUAUUAUUUGUUCAGAAAAACAAAAUGAUUUACGCCCAUUUGUUAGAAACAUAACUAUAUAUAGAAUAGUAUUACUUUAUGACUUUAUGUUAUGCUCAAUGUUAUAGAACAUGUCUUAUUGUAAACCACUCACCCCUCGUGUUAGUUUUGAGGUACUAGAUAAAGUCUAAAAUGCCAUUCUGAUUAAAUAGUGUUUAACGUGAAAUUUCACAAAAAAUGUUAUUCUGUUUACGAAUCGGUCGAAAAAAAAAAAGAAAAUGUUAAUUGUUCUUUUUGUUAAUAGAUCCCAAUAUUUAUUCAUAAUAUGUUAUUCCACAAAAAUAUAUUCCUAUAAAUUAAUGUUCUCAAACUCAAAUUACCAACAUGUCAUAUGUAUACGUCAAGGUAGUGUGAAAAAAUAACUAUGGAAAUUUAGUCUCCGAAAAAUAACCCCGUAUGAGUUUUGCCAAGGGUAAUGUUAGUACACAUUACGAAUUAUUGUGAUUCUAUUAUAUUUUACUAUUGCAAUAGGUAAAAAUUAAAAUUAAUCUAAAUUUAGUAUUAUACUAUUAUGCCAUUGUAUAUAGUAAAAUUUCUCACAAAUAAUGUUAAAUUUGAGUUCAAUGAUAAAUUAUUGUGUACGAUAAAAACGAUUCAGAACAAAGACGGUCUGUCUGUCAUAUAGAUCAGAUAUAUAAUAACUACAGACAUAUUAUAAUGGAUAAGAAAGAUUCUGAUAACUUUGUCUUUAAUGGUGUAAUAUAAAACACACUUCUCUCAAAAUUACUAAAUAACGAGAUCAAUGAUUCAUUUUUAUUAAGUCAAUUAAAUUUCAAAGUAAAUAACUACUAUAUUCCGCAACAAUCAUUUAUUUUAUAUUCCUCAUUCUUCUAAAAAGUAUAUAUAUAUCAAACAAUCCAAUUAAUAUUUUAAUUAGUACAUUUAUAUGAUGGCGUUAAAACGGUUUGAAAUGAAACCAUUUUUAAAAUUUAUUAAAACAGUUUAACUUAAUAUCUAUUACACCCGUUUAUAUAUCCAUAAUAUUAAAUCUGUUUAGUGAACAUUUUUGUAAACUGAUUUAAAUUUAAUUGUUUCUUACAUAACUUGAAUUUUGUUCCAAGAGAUAUAAUAACAUUUAUCUGAAAAAUUGAUAGUAUAUUUGUUAUUGUAAUCUUAAAUCAUGUUUGUGAACUUACUUUACUUUUUGGAUAAUAUUAUAAUUUAAUUAAUAAAUUAUAUUAUUAUUAUAUUUUUGUUUAUUACAAAACAUUUUACUUAUUUUUCUUCAUUACGAAAUGGAGACUAAAACUAUGCAUAUAAUGCCAAAGUCUGUAAUAAUAAUAAUAAUAAUAAUAAUAUUGAUUUGCCAAAUUCAUGAAUAAAUGAAAAAUAAUCGAAUAAUGUAAUUUAAUUAUAUUAACUAAUAAUGUAUAAUAUGUAAAUAGUAAUUAGACAUUUAAAUAUUUAAUGGAAAAAAACAAACUAAUAAGGUUAUAUAUCCGUGUGAUAAACCGUUUUAAGCGUUUAAAACGGUUUUAAUUUCUUAAACUACCUAAUGUGAGAGUUUUAAUUUUGAAAACAGUUUGAUAUUUUUAAACCAGUUUAAAGUAUUUACAUGAUAAGAAUAAAUUUUAAUUUCGAACCGUUUUAACAUAAUCAUAUAAAAUAUGUACUAAAUAUUUUUUGGAAAUUGUUAAGUAUUUUAAUAAAGAUUGUAUCUUUUGUAUUAUUAUUAUUAUAAUAAUUAUUCCAUGUAUUAUUCUAUUUAUCUUUUAUUGUGUGUUACCUUUUUAUUUUAAAUUAUAUUAUAUUAUUGUUAUUUAUACUGAUAUUUAGUAAAUUGGACAUUGUCCAUAUGAAUUUAUUAGUAAAUAAAUUAUAAUAUAAUAAAGGGGGAAUAUUUCUAAAAUUUGUAAAUUUCUGUGUGGGUUCAUUUAUGUCUAUUUAGUACUACAGUGUACUAUAUUAUAUAUCAUUUUUUUUUUUUUUUGCAUAUUAUUAUCAAUAUUUAUUAUUUAUAUGGGGUUAUUUUUUCCGUGGUUUUUUUUUUUAUGGAGACUAAUUUUCCAGGGUUAUUUAUUAUUCAAAUUAUACAUAUAUAAGUCAAAGAUUGUCGACCAAACCAUUUUGUUGUGGACCUUCCCUGUUUUUAGAUUCCGAGUGUAGCAAGGGAGCUAUUAGUUUUACAAUAUUGUUUAUUUCUUUUUCUUUCUGUGUUCUUUGUUAUAGUCUGCACACAUUUUUAACUAGUAAACUUGUUUUGAUUUUUACGCGUAGUAACUUUUCUGAAAGCUCAAGUUGUUUAAAUUGUAUUUUUGACAAGUCAUUUUUUGAUUUUUGGUGCCAUUUUUGAAAUAAAACUACUUAAGUGGGAAAAACAUAGGAAAACUUACAAUUUCAUGAUUUCAUUAUUUUAUAAAAAAUACAGACGACGUUUUCUACCCGAAAAAAAGAUUAAAUCAAAAUAUCACAAGAUACCUCUUUUGUUGCCUUUUUGAUUUAAUUUUGGACGAUAUCAUCGCUUAAACUUUUGAGCCACUUCUGAGCUGUAAAGGAAUUUUAAUUAUUGGGAGUUUUUUGCUGUGAUUUGGUUAUAAAUACACAUAGAGGCUUGAAACUGUGUUAUAAUAUUAACAUUGGACUUACCUAGACAUGGUCAAAUUUCCAAAAUAAUCUGAUGACUUUUUUUUUUUUUUAUUAAGCAUUUUGAAAUUUAAACGAAAAUCGCAAAAAAAAAAUACUGUAUUACCGAACUGCGCUCAGAAUCGUCUUUUGUCAUGCAAUGGUUUAUCGUUGCUUACAGAUAUAAAUGAAAUAACCAUAUGUAUUCUACUUUCCCAACUUCUUACCUACAACAGUGGCUGCCUCCAUCCUCAGUAUCAGCUUUUUAUUUUUACUUUUAAUACUAAAUACAAAGUAAAUGAUACAAAAUAGUAUUAAAAUAUAUGUAUAUGAAAAGACAUUUAUUUUUUGUUCAAACUACAUUCCCAGACUAAGUAUCUACAUAAAUGUUAGAAUUCGCCUAAAUUUUAAAUUUAUUAAAUUUAUCUUUAUAUAUUAUUUUUAUUGCUUUAUGAUUAUCAUAAAUGAAUCUAAUUCUUAUUGAUAAUUUUUCCAUACAAUGGAUAUAAAUUAUGUCAUGGCCUCUGGGUAUUGAUUAUUAAUGUUUCUAAUAGAAACUUUAUACUAAAAAAAAAAAUUAUUCAUUUUGAACCAAAGUUUGGUUGCCAAACCAAAUGACUACUUCAUUUUAAUAAUAAAAAUUUCCUCUAACCAUAAAAUGGGCUGUAUUUAAGUAUUAGGCCUUUUUUAAAUGUUUUUCGUCACAUCAUAUUUUUAGGACUUAGGUGCCAUAACAACAGAAUAAUAUAGUGGUAUAAUACUAGUGGUACUUGGAUAGCUCAUAUGUGGUACGUUAAGAUAUUUUUUGAUAAGUGAAAAAAAAAGUUAUUAAUUAUAAUGUAGUUUAUUAAUCCAUAAAUAUUAAUAAAAAUAACCAUAGACAUAUUUAAUUUUACUUUUGUGUAUUAAAUGCUUAUAUAAUUAUGUAGAUUUAAUAAUAAAACGUUCCAUGCAUGUAAAAUAAUGUUCACGUUUUAUUUUUUGAUAAGUAAAAAAAUGUCAAAAUGUGUUAAUGGUACAAUGAUGUGAAAUGAUUGAGAACCUAAUCUAUAGUCGUGAUUUCACCAAAUGAUCGUUUAUCAUUUUGUUUAUCUGAACAAAUUAUUUAUUUAUUUUUAAAUAAUGUAAAGCAUUUAAUUUUUUUUAAAACUGAAGUCACUGUUAUAUUAGUUCUAAAUACUAACAAGUUCUACAAAUAAUAAUUCUUCAUUAAUAUAAUAAAAAUUUGGUAUGGACCUGAAUUUGGCUCUGGAAUAUAAAUUCCUUAUAAAGAUAUAAUUUUUUUAAUUAUUCUGUUUCAUGUAGGUUCUUUUUUUUUAUUAUCAUUUUUAGUUUUAAAAGUUCAUUGUUAUAAUUAUUAUUACGUUAAAUAAUAAAAUAAUAAAGUAAAAACAAAAUUAUUAAAAUGGUUUAUACUUGUAAUUAAAUAUAUAAGUAACAAAUUUAUGUAUAAAAAUAAAUUUUUCUUAAUACAUUUUGUUUUUUACAUUAUAAAUCAUCUAUAUUGAUUAAUAUUUGUUUUGUAUUGCAGAUUCCAGAAUUUGAUAAUCUUUAUUUGGAUAUGAAUGGUAUUAUUCAUAACUGUUCCCAUCCUAAUGAUGAUGAUCCACACUUUCGUAUUUCUGAAGAGACUAUAAUUAAAAAUAUUUUUCAUUAUUUAGAGGUUGAUAAUAUUUACUAUAGUUGAUAAUUAUAUUAAUUACAAUAAAUUAUUGUAUCUUUGUAUUUUAGGUAUUAUUUCAAAUGAUUCAGCCUCAAAAAUUAUUUUUUAUGGCUAUUGAUGGUGUGGCACCUCGAGCAAAAAUGAAUCAGCAGCGUGGACGUCGUUUUCGUUCAGCCACCACGGCUGCUGAUCAAAUUAAAGAGGCUGUUAAACGAGGUGAAACCUUACCUUCUGAAGAUCGUUUUGAUUCCAAUUGUAUUACACCAGGUACAGGAUUUAUGGCUCGUUUGCAAACUGAGCUUGUAUAUUUUGUUACCGAAAAAAUUACCAAUGACGCCCUAUGGACUAAAGUACAAGUGAUAUUAUCUGGCCACGAAGUUCCUGGAGAGGGUGAACAUAAAAUUAUGGAUUUCAUAAGGUUUAUGAAAUCCUCUCCAGGAUAUAAUCACAAUACACGACAUUGUCUCUAUGGUUUGGAUGCAGAUUUAAUUAUGUUAGGACUAUGCACACAUGAGCCAUAUUUUUCAUUGCUCAGAGAAGAGGUAAUCUAUUAAAAUCUUGAAGUUUUUUUUAUAUAGUAUCCAGAUUAUUCAGAUGGUUUUAAUUCAAUUGAAUUUUGUUUAAGGUUAAAUUUGGACGCAAAACAAAAAAAGAAGUAUCAGUUGACGAAACAAAAUUUUAUCUAUUACAUCUGUCAUUAAUGAGAGAUUACCUAGGAUUAGAAUUUAAUGAGCUCAAGGAGACUUUACCAUUUGAAUUUGAUUUGGAAUGUAUUAUUGAUGAUUGGGUUAGUUUGUUAUUUUACAAAUAUUUUAUUAUUAUAAUUUAUUUUAUAAGUUAGGAAUAGAUUGUAUUGUAAUUACAACUUAUUACUUAUAAAAGUUCAAUAAAAAUAAUACGAGAACUAUGUAAUGGUUUUCAAUUAAAAACUUGAAACUUUUAUAAUUAUAAUUUUGAAUAAAUGAUGACACUGUCUACCUUAUAUAAUAAAAUUAAAUAAUAUUAUUCUAAUAACUUUAAUAUCUUUAGAAAUUAAUAUUCAAAUUUAAAUACUUAAUAUUAUUUGUCUUUUUAGGUAUUGAUGGGUUUUCUUGUAGGUAAUGAUUUUAUUCCUCAUUUACCUGAUCUUCAUAUUUCAAAAGGAGCAUUGCCAAUAUUAUACAGGGUUUAUAUGGAUAUUCUACCUAAAGUAGGAGGUAAUUGUGUAUUGUCAAAUAUAAUUAUAAAUUAAAUUUUGUAAAAAGUAGGUACCAUUUUAAUCAAUAUUUUAUUUGCACAACCUAACAAAGGUUUGGAAAUUCUAGUAUAUGCUUAUAUUUUAGAUUGACAUUAAAUCUAGUAGAGUGCUAUAAAAAUAUAUGUUUGUCACAUUAUAACAAUGAGAACAUGCAAUUUUAAAAGUAUGUUUCGGAGCAUAGCAAGGAAUGUAUUGGUUUUAAAAUAAUGUAUGUUCAUUAAACUUUUUUCCCAAAAAUCUUGCUCUAAGUGUAGCAUGUUUUCUAAAAAGACAUUUUUUCUGGAUAGUACUUUAGAGAAGUUAUUUUUUGAUUUUCCAAGCAGUUAAAUAAUGAGGAAAAUGUAUGUACAAGUAUAAAAGAAACUGUUUCAAAUCGUUUUUUGUUUUUAUCAUUGCAUAAAAAUAUUAUAUAAAUUCCCCUCUAUAUUCAAACUUCCCAAUUUCUCACCUACAACAGUGGCUUACCUAUUGUGCGAUGUAUGUCAGUCUAUUUUUUAUUAUUUAACAAAAAUCCAGAUUUGUCUAUACUAUGCAUUUUAAAUAAUUUUUAUUUUGUUAAAUAAUAGAGUACUAUUAUCCAAACUGUAUCUGUUUGUUUUUAUCUGAUUUACUUGAUUAUCGCUGGGUAUGAGAAAGUUUAAAUCUGUGAGUGUAAAAAAUAAAUGAUUAUUCUUUUAUAGAAUUUGAAAGUACUUUUAGAUUCUGAGCGUAAAAUAAAUAUUAGUUUUUCUAUGAGGUAUGCUUAUUUUUUUUUUAUUUAAACAAUUUUUCUACCAAAAAUCUUGCUCUAAAAUUUGAUGAAAUAACCUUUUUGUAGAAUUUUGGAGAUAGUAUUGGAGAAUAAUUUUCAUUAUAAUUGGGAAAAACUAAACAAAUUUACAGCAUUAAAAGUUUCAUUAUUUCUAAUUUGGUUUUUAUGUUGAACAUUUUCAAGUAAAGCUUUUUUCUUAAAGGAAAUGCUAUCUUGUCCUUGUGUAAGAAAGUUGUUUUUUGAUUUUUCAUGUUUUUCACAUUUAAUAGUUACAUUCAUGAAUUUAUUAAUUUAUUUGUUUAAAAUGUAUACAAUUUUUAGCAUAAUUGAAUAUUGAAAAUAUUUGUUACACAUUAUGUUCAUAAAUUCUUUGGUAUAAACAAUUUAAUUUAAAAUAAUUAGGUUAUUUGAAUGAAAAAGGAACACUAAACUUAAAAAGAUUUCAAACAUUUAUGGAAACCUUGGCCAAUUUUGACUAUGAACAGUUCCAAGAUAAUUAUGCUGAUAUAAAAUAUUUGGAAGGAAAACGUGCAUCAAAUAAUUUGCCUACUAUCGAAGUUAGUAUUUUUUAUAAUUAUUACUUAAUACAUAAUUUUAAAAAAUACCUAAUAUAAUUGUUUUCUAAAAAUACACUUUUUUUUUUUUUAGAACAAUACUAACAAUUCUUACAAUGAUGAAUUAGAACAAUUAAUUAAACAAACUGAAGAAGUAAGUUUUUCUUUUUUAUUAAAUAAUUUUAAAUUGUUUUUAAAAUAUUAUUACUUUAGUCUUUGAUCGGAGACAAAGAAGAUGAAAAUGAAGAAGAUGCUAUGAGAUCAGAGUUUACUUCACACAAAGAAAAUUAUUACAGAAACAAACUUGAAUAUAACGUUAUUACAGAGUAUGAUUUAUUAUAAUUUUUCUGGAUUGAAUUAUAUAAAAAAUAAUUUUAAUUUAUCAUUUCAGUGAUGUAAUGCGUUCACAAGCUGAAGGGUAUAUUCGUGCAUUGCAAUGGAAUCUUAAUUAUUAUUACAAUGGUUGUUGUUCUUGGUCUUGGUACUAUCCACAUCAUUAUGCUCCAUAUAUAUCUGAUAUCAAGGACUUUGAAAAUCUUAAACUAACAUUUGAGCUUGGUCAACCAUUUUUACCAUUUCAACAACUAUUAGCAGUGUUGCCAUCAUUGAGUAAAGGACUUUUACCAAAACCUUUUCAAGAUUUGAUGACAGAAGAUCUUAGUCCUAUUAAGUUAUAUUAUCCUGAAAAGUUUGAAACUGAUCUCAAUGGCAAACAACAUGAGUGGGAAGGAGUUGUACUUAUCCCUUUUAUUGAUGAAGUAAAAAUAAAAUAUUCAAAUAAUUCAAACAAAAUAAAGUCUUAAAUUAAUUACAAAUUAAUUUUCGGUUAUUUAGGAAGCUUUAAUUAAAGCUAUGGAUAUGGUUGAACAUAAAUUAACCGAAGAAGAGAAAAAUAGAAAUAAACACGGUCCAAUGCAUAGUUUUAAAUAUACUAAAGAAAACCUCGGUAUGAGUAUUUUAUGUAUUUACCAUGUUUGUUAUACACCUGUGUUUGUCUCUUUAAAUAACUGAAUAUUUUUUCUAUCCAAUUUUUCAAAUUUAUUAAUGAAAGGUUAAAUUUGUAUUUCUUUUUGGGGAUUCAAAAUAAAAUAAAAAAAUAUUAACUUUAUCUAUUAUCUAAAAUUGCUUUAACAAUAAUUAUGAAUUUUCAAAUUUUUAAGUAGAAUUAUUUUAAUUUUAUCAUAAUAGAAAGAUGUAGGGCAAAUAUUUAUUUUAUUGUAGAAUUUUGUUAAAUAUUAUGUUUUUUGAUUCUAAAUCAGUUUAAUGUCAUCAAAUAGUAAAUUUUAUCUCAAACAUUUUUACUAUUUUAAACAGAAAAAAAAUGUUUUCUCUAUUUUCUGAUAAGUAAAAUUUUUAUAAAUUCCUAGCAAAGAUCUAGUUUCUCCUCAAUUCCAACUUCCAUUGUUUGUGCAGAAUUAAUCCUCCGAGACUCAUUGAGAGUUUUUUCGUCUGUCUUAAAUUAAAAAUAAUUUUUUCCUAGCCAUUUUUCUUUUAAAAUUUAAUUUUUUACAUUUUGUCCUUUGUAUUCUUUCAAAAAUUGAUGUGAUAUUCAGAACAUCCUUUUCGGCCUAUAUAAUACAUUUACAUGAACAAUCCUUUCAUUUAUUGAUAUCUCCUCUUCGGAUAAAACAAAAGUAUUGAUAAUAAGGACAAACUAAGGGUAGUUAGUAAUUUUGUAAAAUUGUAUAAUUGUGUGUAAAAUAUACAAUUUUCAAUAUUUUGUUUAGGUUUAGUUUCACUUUCAAGAUAUUUUCCACCAAUCAAAGAAAAUCAUGCUGAAAAAACAGCUAUACAGCGUGAUGAUAUUGCUGUUGAUAUUAAUAAUCUUGUCAAAGGUUUAUGCCCAGGUAUAAAAACGGAUGUGUAUCAUGUUGGAUUUCCAUCACUUCAUCUUAUUCCAAUUUCGGUUAGUUGAAAUGUAUAUUUUAAAUUAAAUGUUCUUUAUCUUCAUCAUUUUUCUUUAUUAUAAUAGAGUCAAUUACAAAGGCGAAAUGUAAAAGUAUUUCAAUCACCUAGUAUGGGUGAAAAUAUGAUAAUAAAAAUCAUCAACAAAGAUAAAAUUGAUCAAGAUAGCAUACAGCAUAUUGCUAAAGAAUUACUUGGAAAUACACUUUAUGUCAAUUGGCCACAUCUUGAAGAAAUUAAGUGAGUUUUAUCUCUAUUAUACAAACAAGUUUUGAUAUUUAUAUCUUCCCUUUAGUCCAUAUUUUAUUUAUGUUUCUAUGAUUAUGGGUUCCUUGUUUAGAACAAUUACAAAAAUAUAAAUAAAAUAUUUAUUAUUAUGUUGGUAUGAAUUUGAUAAAUAUGUUGUUGUUUUUUUAAUUUUUUAAUCCUCAGAUUGGUUAAUAACAAAAUUACUUCUCUGCGUUUUUCUUAGGUUAGGUUGACUUAUACAGACAAUGUGUCGACUCCCUUAUUUUUUAGUUUGAGUGUAGCAAGAAAUUUAUUUUUUUUUGUAAUGUGUUUUUAUUUUUAUUUUUUAAUAUUUUUUUUGUUGUGUACUACUUUGCUACCAUAAAUCUUACCCCAACCCAAAAGUGACUAGAGAUCUUUUUUAUAGCAUUUAGAAUCUAAUGUGUGCAUUGGGUAGGUUGUUUUUUCAAAGUAUUUUGACAAUUGAGGAAAAAAAUAUUGCAAUAAUGGAAAGAUUAUAGCGCUGUAGGUUUUUUUAAAUAUAAUUUGCACAAGAAUAAUAGUGUAAACUUGAAAUUUUGACGUGGUCAAUUUUUACAUCUGGUUUAUUAACCCGAAACUUUGAGCAAAGAAUGGGAAAUGAGACCAAAAAAUAACUAUGGUUAAUGAAAAACAAUUUGAGUUUUUAUAUAUGAGUGUAAAACUAAAUACAAUAUGUAUAUGAUGUAGAACAAGAGUCUAAUUUUUGUAUUUUAAAAUUAUAGCUAAUAAGACUGGUUUAAAAUAGAACAUCAGUUACUAUUUCUAACUGUCUGAAGAAAUACUCUUAGAGUAUUUCAUGAUCAAUAAACUAUUUACAAUUAGGGUCCGUGCCUAAUGUUGAGUUAGGGACCACUAUACUAGAGCUAGGGGGUUCACUUGUUAGCUGUCAGUGUAUAUUCUAUGCGAGGGAAGGGGAGGCCAUUGGGCAACCACCAUUUUCCAUCUAGUUGUGUCUAAUGAUAGAAAUUGUUUAUUAUUUCUUUAAACGUGUAAAUAUUUGUCAGGGUUAUGUCAGUUUUCAACACAACAGUAAAAUUAUCAUUUAAUGAAGAAGAACAAUUAAUUGUUCGAGAAAUGACUGAAUCAGAUGUAAAAGAGUUUAAUUCGCUUUCCCAAGGAAUUUCUAAAAAGUUAGUAAUAUUUUUAUUAUUAUUUUUUACUUAUCGUUAUACUGAUUUACCUUUUUAAAUUUAUCUAUUAAAUAGAUAUAUUACAACACGUGGUAUUGAAAUUGGUAAAACUAGUGUACUAAUAUCUGGUCAAAGUUUAAGAGGAACUAAGUAUGUAGCACGGCAAGAUGGAAGCGGAGUUGAUCUAAUAAAAGUUGUAUGUAUUAUAUUAUUAAAAUAUCCAUGUUAAGGUUAUUAUUUUAUAUUUUUCAUUGUUAAAUAGUGGAAUGAAAUACCAACAAUAAUCGCUUAUCAAACAGCUGUGCCCGGUAUAGAAAUAAAUGAUUAUACUACAAAACCUAGCUAUUUUGCUCUGGACGAAUAUUUUCCUGUGGGAAGCACAGUAUUUAUACUGGACGCUCCAUAUUAUGGUUGCCAAGCAGAUGUGGUUGGAGGUUUUAUAUCUACACGGGUUAAAGUUAAUAUAACACUUGAACCAGAACCUAUUUUGGAAAGUUUAAAAGAAUGUGUUGAUUCUGUAUCUACAGAACUAUAUUAUGGUAAAUAUCCAAAGUAAUAUUGACUUGAAUCAUUUAUACAAAAUUGUAUUUAAAUUUAAUAUUUUAGCUAAUAACGCAGCAGCCAAGCUUUCUAUCAAUUCACAUUUACUUGCUAAAAUUACUGGAACAAUAUUGUUAAAUGUUGAAACUCAUGAAGACAGAAAUGAGAAAAAAUUGAAUAUUGGAAUGAAUCUUAAAUCAAAUAAACGAAAUGAAGAAGUUAGAUUUAAUUAUUAAAUUAUAUUUUCAUGAUUUCUUUUAAUUUUAAACAUAUUUAAAUUUAUUUAAGGUGGUUGGGUUUACAAAAAAAUUUGACAAUGUUUGGAUGUAUACUCAAAAAACCAUUGAUUUAUUAAGUGAAUAUAUACAAAGAUUUCCAGAAAUAAUAAAGACUUUGUUAAAAUCAGAGAAUAAAGAUACUUUUAAAUCUGAAGAAAUGUUUCCAGAUUCAAAUACUAGGUAUUAUUUUUUUUUUUAAGUUAAAAAUUUAGAAAUAAAAGCAUUGACUAUUAUAAAAUUAUACAAAUAGAAACCAAAAAUUGGAAGAUCUAAAAAAAUGGAUUGGAGAAAUGCGUUUAUUGACUAAAGAUAAGCAAUCUUGUGGAUCAAUGGAACCAUGCAAAGUUAUUGCAGUUGAAAAAUACAUGGAUGAAUUUAACGAAGAAAACAAUAUUCACAAAAGAACUGUAACAUUAAGUGUAAAAUCGCAAAAUCUUUUUAAAGUAAUUUAUUUUUAAUUAUAGCUAUUAUUAUUUAUUAAUAUUAAAUUAUUAAUUGCAAUAAUUUAUUAGCCUAUAGCUAAGCUAGACAAAUUGAAAGCUGACGAGGGAGUGGACACACGGAUAUUGGACCGUGUAGUGUGUGUUCGUUCUUCAUAUCAAGUUCCCUUGGGUUUCAAAGGCACUGUAAUCAGUAAGUACAGAUGUGAAUAGUUUAAAUGAAAACUUUAUUUAAUUUAUAUUUUUAUGUAGGUAUUUCCAAAUCAAACAUUGAUACUGAAGUUUUAUACAGCGUAGUAUUUGAUAAAGAGUUUCCAAAUGGUAUAUCAUUUGGAGGAAAUACUAAUCGUGGAUAUAAGCUGUGUAAGAUGUCAUUUAUUAACUUGACUAAUGCCAUUCGUUGUGGACUUUAUAAACCAUUAGAUGUUCAUAGAAUAACUAAUCAAUCUUCUCGUACUGAAAAACAGGUAAAUAAAGUUUGUUUUAAAUAAUUAAUUUAAAAAUGUUUUAAACAAACUUAUUAAUAUGGUUUUAAUUUUAAUUUUAAGACUACUCAAAGUAUAUGGGAACAUUUACAGGUUAGUAUUAUAUUUAAAUGAUUAUUCUUUUUUAAAUUGUAUAUGUUUAUGUUUUAAAAAUAUGUAUCUAAGUAGUCAUUUUUCUUGUCUUACUAAUGUAUCUAGAAUUUAUUUUCUGCUAUUUACUAUAUACUUCUUUUUUAUAUAAAUCUGAUAACAUUUUUUUUUUUUUUAAACAGUCCAAUACUAAUGCACAAGGAAUCAAAUUUAAGCCUCGAGAAGAAAAAAUUACACUGGCGCCAAAAGAAUCUUGGCGGCGACAACAAGUACAGUUUUAAUGUUUAAUUAAUUGUUUAAAUUAUACUAGAAAUUAUUUUACUUAUUUUAGAUAGAUUCGGAUAUUAUAUUAAUAGUGUAAAUAUACAAAUUUGCUGUAUAAGUGGAAGAAAAGAAUUAAACGGCUGAUGUGUUACGGUUGUAGGAUUUUAGGUGGAAAGUUGAGCUGGUAGGAUCCACAAAGUUAUUUAAUUUUCAUAUCUGUACACAAUGAUUAAUUAAUUCUUUAAAUAGUAAAAAUGCUAUUCUAAGCAAAGUUCAAUUAAACAUAUGUUGAAAUGCUGACAUUUUUAAGAUUUUCAUCAAAAUUUACAAUCCCUAUAAAUAAAAUUACUACACUAUGCUAAAAAUUAAUUUUUUUUUCUGUUCUGCCAAAAUAAUAUUAACUGCAUGAAUCCAUAUAAAAACUAUAAAAAAAAUAAUUUGAAAAUGUCAAAUACUAAAAAACAAUUAAAUAAAUCACCAGAAUAUUUAAAAAAUAUAUCACAUCCAAAAAAGUUUAUUAUUGGUAUUAAGUGGUGAGGUUUAUUUCGCUGGCACCCCACUUUUGGAUUUUAACAAAAAAUCAAGAGCGUUUUAUUGUAUACAUUUCUACUGAUCUGUGCCAUUAGUUCAGAAAUGUGUAUUUUAAAACUUUCUGAGGUAUAGCCAUUUUUUCUUAGGGGUUAAUGAGGAAAUUGUUAAGUCAUCGAGAUUUUACUGUAUAUUAAUGUGCAUAAUAUAUAAUUAAAUAUACAUAAAUUGUGAAACACAAUGAAUUGUUGAUUCAUUCAACAUAUUGAAAUUCAUUUUGGUGCUAACUAACUACUUUUUUGACCAAUCAAUAUAAAUGGCACAAUGUACUAUUUAGCAAGGAAGUAAAUUGAUGACAUUGUAAAUUCAAUGUAUCUAAAUUUAUUUAUUGAAACUAUUUAUUUAUUUAUAAGUAAUUUAUCUUGGUACUUAUAGUUUUACAUCAUAGACUAGUUUUUUCCUAAUGCUCUUCUAAACAGCGUAAUUGUAAAUCAUUUGAGUAAUUUAGGUCAGUGUUUCCCAACUUAUUUUACUCAUGAAACCUUUUCAGUAACUUAAAUAUUUUAUGAAACCCCAAUUAUUAUUUUUUUAUAACCACAUAAUGCAGACAUUUUUUGAAUACUUAAAUGAGUGGACAGUCCGAGACUUCUGGCAAAACAGUAAGUAUUGUUAACAAAAAAGAUAACAGCAGCAAAAAUGGUUUUUUAAAGUUUUAUUUUGUCAACACCUACCCUAUGGCAAUAUUAUUUAUGCACAUAAUCAAUGAUUAUUAAUAUAAGGCUUAAACUAAUAUUAAUCUUUCAUUACCACAAAGAUCACAAAGAUGAAUUUAAUGAGGAGAUUGGAUUCUUUUCGUUAGUUUUCUUCAUUAUUGUAAUCAAAUUAGGAGAUAUUCCUGUAAGUUAGAUUCCUAAGUCCGGAACAAUAUUCAAUUGAUUUUGAAACUAAAUUUUUUUUUUCUUGCCCUUUGGAAAACCAGUUUCACACAAGUAUGAAGUAGCAAUUGACAAUAAAACGGUGACAGCCUUAACAAAUAGUUUUUUGUAAUCACUUUCCACGACAUUCUAGAAUUCCUUUAAUUAUAUAAAAUAAUUAUAUUGAAAAUGUUUACUAAUUUAAUUUCUCCCAUAUUCCUUACGACACCCUUGGCACCGAUUCACGGAAUACCAAUUGGGAAACACUGAUUUAUGUUAUAACCUUUAUAAAUAAUUUAUUACUAAAGUAUAUUUUUAAACAUAAAAGCAAUUUGCACAUAGGCUCCUUAAAGUAAAUCUAGAAUAUUUUAAAUUUAUUUUUAGAGAAGAGAAUCACCGAUCACCAUUGCAAGCUCUAAAGGAGCACAUAGAGUUCCACAGACAUCUUUGGUAAGUAAUUUUUUUUUGUUAUGGUUAAUAUAUUUAUAUAAUAAUUUUAUAAGUCUGAUACAUUUAAAUAUUGCAUGGCGAUUAUUUUAAUGUUUAAUUUUCACAUUUAGGAAUCGGUUAAUAUCGACCAACAAUUCAGUAAUAAUUUCAACAAACCGCAGUUGAAUGCUGAAGCAUGUGUUAGUAUUUAACUAUAAUAUAUCUAAUUAUGACCUAUGUAAAUAUUUGUUAUAUCCCUAUUUAGGAAUUCAAAACAUUAGCAUUGAAAAAAAUGUUGAAAAUUGAUCCAGUUGACAAUUUAGAUUCUUCAGAUUCACCAACAGAUGUAUUAUAAUAUACUUGAGGUUAAAUUUAUUUUUUUUUAAUUUAAUUUUAAUUUACUUUUAGGAUGAACAUUUUUCAAAUAAAUCACUGAAUAGUUUAUCAGGGAGUUCACUAGGUGAAUGGAAAAACACAGAUCCUCAAUUUUCAAACUACAAUACUAAUGAACAAGUAGCUGCUAAUUUAAUGGAAAAUCCAGCACAAGCUAAACAUGUAUAUUAUAGUUUAAUAUUUUUAAUCUAAUACACAAUAUAUUAUUUUAAUAAAUAAUCUGGUUUUAGGAAAAACCUUGUAUGGUUUUGUCAUUGGAAAAGUAUUAUUUGUCAAAAGGUUAUGGUCAUCCUAAAUAUAGUUAUAUAAAUUUGGUAGAUGAACAAGGUUUCAAAAUGUACUGUGCUGAAGUGAUUUUACCAAAUGGUGUUACAAUACGAGGAGAACCAAGCCACUCUUAUGCUGAGGUCUAUUCAUUUUAUAUUAUUAAAUAAUAAUGUAAUACAUUUUACAGUUAGAAAUUUAUUAAUCAUUAUAAUUAAUGGUGUAGGCAUCUGAAGAAGUUGCAGCUCGGGGAUAUAUUAUUGUACAGCAAAUGGAUGCAAACAAAAACAUUGAACUCACAGCACAAAAUACGACUCCCAAUCCAGAAAGAAGACCACCACAACAAGGACCAUCUAAUGUGUAUAUGAAUUUUGUACCAUCUCACCAACGUCCUAAUUUUCAACAACUGCAUCAGCAACCACAGCUAUAUCAACACGUGCAUCAAUAUUUUGACCAUUCCCAAAACUCAUUUCAACAAUUUCCAUCACUGUAUCCACCUGCUUUUCCAUUUCCCUCUCAACAACCAUAUCCGAUGCCAUUCCAACAAAUGUAUAGACAGCAAAAUCAUUUUGGUUAUCCAAUACAACAUCAACCGUAUGUAUUUUAAUUACAUAAAUUAUUUAUUUUCUAUAAUAUUUUGUUAUUUAAGGUUUUUCAAUCAUCAACAAGAAUUGCAGUAUCCUAAAUUUGUACCUCUUUGUACAAACUUGAUAAAUCCAUCACAAUUACCUCAGCCACCUGUUCAUUGGCAACCUAUCAACAGAAAUGGUAUAUCAAUUUAAAUUUUUUAUUUUUAAAAAAUAAAAUGAGUGUUGAGUUUGACUCAUUUGAGUUCUGAACAUUAUUUUUAAUAAUAUUUUUAUUUUCAGUUCCAAAUAAUGCAUUUCUAAUAAACCCUAUUCCAAACACUUAUCAUCAACCUCAACAAAGUAGUAACCGUCAAAACUAUACUGCACCAACAACAAAAGAUAAUAUGUCAACGGUAAUAAAUAAAACAGUAUAGUCAAUUUAGUACAUUCGAUGUAAAUAUAACAUAAUUUUUAAGAAUGAGCAGUACAUGUCAAGUAACAGAGUAAUGAUUCCAAGUCCUUCGAGCGCAUUUUCAUCGGCAGCUAAUACAAAUGACCAGUCCACAUCCAUUCGUAAAGUAAAAAUUGCUGCAAAUUUUAAUUCUCCACAACAAUAAAUGCUCGCUCUAUAAUUAAUUUACUAAUCCUUUUUUCUUAUUCAUUCGUAAAUUGGAAAAUAAUUUUAAAGUGCAAUAUAUUUAUAUUGAAUAUUUCAGUAAUACUCAGUAACAAACUUCUUCCUAUCUUUUCCUACCCUGGGACAUAAGGUCAUUAUUGAAAUUUAAAUCUGUAUAUGUGUUUUGUGUAUAUCUAAUUUAAUAAUUUA